AUGGGUGGUAAAGUGGAUAGUUCAAUUAAUAAUGGUGCUGCACCACCAAUAUUUCGUAUAAAUGGCCAGAACUUCCAUCGCAUUGGAAGUCUUCUACCUACUGCGGGAGUACAACCAAAGUUUGCGCAACUUUAUAUUCACGACACACAAAAUGAAAUCGAAAAUCAUAUCAAGUGUGUUAGGACCAAUAGUGAUCAAGCGGAUCUACAUCGAGAAGUUGUAUAUGACAUUAAAGAGGUUUUAGAUCACAAUAAUGUGUUCGUCAAAUCAUUCCAUAUGGCUAAAAACUUUCUUGAUUGUAAUGACACAUCUAAGAUUAAGAUGAGGCUGAUAGACAGGAGGGCUACAGAUGCACGUACUUAUUCAUUACCAACAGCGUCUGAGGUUGCAGCUCUAAUAGUAGGAGACUUAGAGCCAUCAAUGGGUGAACAGGACAUUUUAGUGGAGUGUAAAACUGGAGGGUUGAAAAGAAUUAAUGAAUUAAACCCAGCCUAUUUGCCAUUGCAAUAUCCAAUUUUAUUCCCUUAUGGCGAGGAUGGAUUUAGGGAGGACAUUCUAUUUUCAACAACAAUUACUAAUCAUAAUUGGUCAAGAAAAAGUAUCUCUCAAAGGGAGUAUUUCGCUUUUCGUCUUCAUGAAAGGUUAACUAAGAUAUCAACUCUACUAUAUGCUAAGAGGUUAUUUCUACAAUUCUUAGUCGAUGCGUAUACAAUGGUUGAAUCUUCACGGUUGUGUUAUAUAAGGUCAAACCAAAAAGCGCUGAGAUGUGAGGCAUACAAAGGCCUAUCAGAUGCCUUGACACGAGGUGAGAUUGAACCCAGCACUCAAGGCAAAAGAAUCAUAUUACCAUCAAGUUUUACCGGCGGCGCAAGAUACAUGAUACAAAACUAUCAAGAUGCUAUGGCGAUUUGUUGGUUUAUAGGUUAUCCAAACCUAUUUAUUACAUUCACAUGCAAUCCAAAAUGGCCUGAGAUAAGACGGUUUUUGGACAAAAGGAACUUUAAGGUAGAAGAUAGGGCCGACAUAGUUUGUCGUGUCUUCAAGAUGAAAUUGGAUUCAAUGAUCAAAGAGAUUAAGAAAGGGAAAUUAUUUGGUCACGUUAAAGCUGGUAUAAAUUACUGUACAUUGUAA